AUGACGGUUAUCCAUACACUCGAGGCCAAGGCCCUUGCAAAGGACGAAGCGCACAGGAAAAGACUCGAGGAAGAGGUCGAGCGACGCAAGGCACAGGAGCAGGACAGAAGCAGAGGCGAAAAUGUGUGGUUCUCUCGUCGGAUUAAAGACGGCCAUUUAUACCACUGGGCGUUAUUCGUGUACGGCAAGAAAUACGAGCUGAGGCUCCCGUCGCGACAAAAGUACAAAAGCCUGCCAAAAGGACAUCUUGUCGGGUCUUUGGUACCGUCGAUUGACUACGAGAGCAAAAUUGCGCCAUGGUCCAUGCAAGACGAGAUGAUGCGGCUUCGACAAGAGAGCCUUGACAGCGAGGGCAAGCCGUAUGCUCAAGACUACUAUAUCUGCCAGAUCGGCUGGACCAAGAUGUCGGAGAAGAGAGUUGACGAGGAAUGCGAGGCCGCUCACAAAUCGUUUGGCGUAUACGUCCUCGGUUUCAACGACUGUCAGAGUUUCUUGCGGCAAUUUGCAAAGCGUAUCAUCAAACAGCCCGAGGACUGCGCCCUCGACUUUCCAUGGUUCGAAAAGAAUAUUCAAACGGCAUAUCAUGAGUUACAGCUUAUUGCCGCAGAUGAAAACAUCAAGGCAUUUCAGUUUUACAUGCGCACAGUCUUGUACGGCACUGCGGGCGCGACAGUCGUGGGGGCCGGAUCGGCGUAUGAGCAUCAGUAUCAAUCGCAAGAGCCGAUGACGAAAGCAAACGGCAGCAAAGAGGGCUCAAAGAAGGAUGAUGAUGAUGACGGGUGCUGCGAUUGCGAUGGCUGUGGUUGCUAA